CUUCUUUGAUCUCCAGAGGGCAAAAAGUCUGUAUUAUAGAGUGCACUAAGAUUUAAUUGUUUUCAGGAACAAAAGUGUGUGAAUAAUUUUUUAAGGUGCGAAGAUUUGAAAUUUAAUUACACAAGUUUAGAGGAUAGAUUUAAAAGAUUUAAUAGUGAUGGAAGAUGUUAUUCCCACCGAUUCUGUUAUCAAGGAUUCUGAACCCGAAAGUAAAUCAGUAAUCUCUGACGUCAAAAUGGAUGUUGAUACACACAGUGAAGAUAUUUCUGGCAAACAUGAUGUUAAACUGGGAGAUUUAUCUUCAUCUGAAAUAGAAAAUGCAGCUAAAGAAAAAGAUUGCAAAACACAAGCUGUACCAUCUACUCAAAUAGACUGUGAUGCAGAGAAAACAGGUAUUAGAAACAAAGAACCAUCACCUGUUUCAACAGAAUGUAAAGUUGAGGAAAAUGGUAUUAAUCCUCAAACUGAACAUACUGUUAAAAGUGAAAAUUGUAAGGUGUCAGAGGAAGGAAAGGAAAAGUCUUCUACUGGAGUAUUUCAAGUUAAAAUAAAAGAAGAAGUAGAUGAUUCUUUUCCCGCUGGAGAAUGUCCUGUUAAGGUAGAAGAGGAAGGUGUUAUAAUGGAAGAGCCCGCAGCUGUUAAACCUGGAUGUAAUGAAAAAGAAGCAACAUGUCCAAAAGAAAAAGUAGAGAUUGAAACGAAAGCAAGUAUUCAGGAAGCAGUCUGUAGUAAAGAAAAAGCAGAAUGUAGUCAAGUGACUCAAAGAGUGCGACUGUCGAUCGAAGAUGGUGACGAAGACAAUGAUGAAGACUAUGUUAUAAUGACUCCGGAAUUUUGUACUGUGCUGCAUGAAAAUGGAAGAGCAAGAUGUAGUAUUAGACUGGGGGAAAAAUUCUGUAUGUUCUCAUGGAAACUGGGAUGCUGUGGAUUGUUUGAGUAACAGUAACAAAUGCAUUCUUUGGAACUUUAGAAGGAUUAUGCCUGUAAAGGUUCAGAUCUUUUCCUUGUAAUAUAACAGCAAAUG